GCUGCAUUUCGCUCGCACCCAACACUCUUUAUUGAGAUUUCCCCAGUCACGCGGCCCAAUCCGGCGAUAGCGCCUCGGCGUCGCUGCUGCUGCCGCAUCAUGAGGCUGUGCACGCACUUCCCUCUGCCUUCCACUCGCUGCACCCUCCCGCUAGCGCCUGCCUGUCUUUGCCUUUUUCUGCUCGACCGCCGGGCCGCGGCCCUGUCGGCGCGGCUGGUGUGGACUGGAAUGCCUUGCUUGGUGAAAGGCUGGUCACGACGUGCCUUCCACGCGUUCACCAUGCUUGACGAGUGCAUGUGGCGGUGCGUGCGUGAGCACUCCCAAUCGUCACCACACUGACAUCGCACCGCGUGAUCAUAUAUUACAUCCGCACAUACGGAUCAUAGACCGCUUGAGUAGAGAAAAUAGACUCUGCCAAGCCAAGUUGGGGUUCGGGUAUGGGGCAUCCGAGAUACGGCAGCCGUCUCUACGUCCUCCUACUCGAGAGUCCAGAUGUGGCCUUCGAUCCUGCUCCAGCCUUCGGAGUCGGAGAGCCGCCCCGGUCGCGCACAUCCCUUGGCGAUUCCCUCACACCCACUCGCUUGCCCGGUGUCCACCGCCGAUCAUACAAACUGACGCGUCGACUCGCACACGGGUGCAAGGCGUGGGCUGUGGCUGGGUUGCUUCCCUUGGCACACUCCACACGUGAGUCUCCUUCGUGUGACCAUCGCGUGUUCCUGACAAAAAGAGACAAUGAAGAAAAAGGAACCCUUCGCGCUCUCCGAGAUACGGAGAGACGUGCCGCUGACUGCACCGUGAAAAGCCUUCAGUCUCCUCCGCAUUAUACUCGCUGGGCUGCACAAACGAAAAGUCAUCGACCAAUCAUCGCCGCAUCUCGGAGAUGCCGCCUCAACACCUAGAUCAUCUGUGGCUGUCUUGGCGUCAUCACCAUCGUGAUUGGCCAGACUCUUCAUCGUGUAUAACGGCUUC